GUGGAGCCGUACCAGACACAGUCCUCAGCCAAGCAAUCCGACGGUGGAUACAAAGAACUCUUUUACUUUUUUUUCACAAGGAGAAAGGUGCUGAGUGGAGAUCUGAAGAGUUUACUUGAGGUGAUGGGCAGUGCUGGUUGUCGACUGACCAUGCUGCAGCAGAACCGAACUGCCUUUGAGGAUGCAAUACUCACCAACCUGGAGAAACCUGGUCACCCAAAGGAUCUUGAGUGGACCAUGGUAGAACCAUCCAGUAACCCCUCAACACCUGAACGGACACUGCCUGUCUAUUUGUCCUAUUUCGACAUGUUGUUAACGGAAGACUAUGCAUGGCUAUCUAAAGGGCUGGUGGAGCGGCCAGAGACUGACCACAUCAUGAAGACCGAGCCGCACAAAGAGCCAGAACAAUGCCCCAUAGUGGACAGUCAGGAGCUGUGUGUACCCACAGAGCUGGACUAUCAGAACAGUGUCCACUUUGAAGAAAGGUCACUAGAACAGGUUCAGACGAUGGUGGUUGGCGAAGUUCUUAAGGAGAUAGAAACAGCCUGUAAGCUACUAAACAUUGCAGCAGAUCCAAUAGAAUGGAGUGUGGGCAAUGUUCAGAAGUGGAUUCUAUGGACAGAGCAUCAGUACCGACUGCCGCAAAUUGGGAAAUCUUUCCAGGAGCUCAGCGGCAAGGACCUGUGCUCCAUGUCAGAGGAGGAGUUCAGGCAGAGAUCACCGAUGUGCGGUGAUAUUUUGUACGCACACCUGGACAUCUGGAAAUCUGCUGCCUGGAUGAAAGAGAAGUCAUCACCAGGAGAGAGCAGAUAUAAUGGUAACAUGCUGCUCACAACAUCUGAACAUUCUAUCUGCAGUGAUGAAGGAUGGAUGGACACAGAGGCAGACUCCUCCUGCUCUGGGCAACCAAUUCAUCUUUGGCAAUUUCUGAAGGAACUGUUGCUGAAGCCACACAACUAUGGUCGAUUCAUUCGUUGGCUGAACAAAGAGAAAGGCAUAUUUAAGAUUGAAGAUUCUGCACAGGUUGCCAGGCUAUGGGGAAUCCGGAAGAACCGACCAGCAAUGAACUAUGACAAGCUAAGCCGUUCUAUCCGGCAAUAUUAUAAAAAGGGGAUUAUCCGGAAGCCUGAUGUAUCGCAGCGUUUGGUGUACCAGUUUGUACACCCCGUAUGAGGAGAGGAAAGGACGAUUCAGAAACUUAGUGAUGUUCACAUCCCCAAACAGGUGACUGGAAAUGUCUGAACAUCGAAGGCCCAAAGCUUGCCUGAAGUUUCAGGAUGUGUUUUGCAUACACACUGCCUGCCUGUAUUUGCAUUUCACAACUCCUUUCAGAUUGGUUUUCAAUUUAUUCUGGUGGUCGGAACACACUUUUUUUUCCGGCUGUUGCCCCCCCACACCAAGAUUGGGUUCACUCAUUGUGGAAUCUGGUAGCCCAUUAAAACCCUGAAGUCAUGUGAUCACAUCUGAACCUUAUUUUCUUUCUCGCUACCUUGGUCCUGUUCUAUGAUUUGAAACAGUUUUCCGAUUAACAUUGCAGUGGCCCAUAUGGUUUUGCCGUAGCCUGGGGCUUCACUGUGAGGGGCCAGGGUUUUAUUUCUAUCUUAAAUAAUGAUCCUGCAUAAUUUAAAACAUAAUUAAGGCAUAGGUGUCAUUUUAUUGGUUAUCACUAGGGUAGGCACUGGAGAUCCAGCAGGUGUGGCCUAGACAGUGGAAAGUGUCAGGAGAGCAAUUAGAUUUCUGUCCUCAGAAAAAGUCUUUAAAGAUUUAUUCACAACCAAAUAUUUCACCGAUGUAGCUACAGUGGCUCCUUGAACAAGUUUCUAUAAAGCACCAUCAAUGCGAUUAUAGUAGUUCAUCACAUUUAACCAAAGUUUCACCUUUUGCUCUCCCUAUUUCUAUCAAUGGGAGAGAAUAACAAUGUGUGUUGCAGAUUCUUAGUGCCUAGAAUUGGACAUGUGCCCAUACAGACUGAUUUUAACUUUGUGUGAAUGCAUUGGCUAAAAUUGGGCCUGUACACUGUAUAGCACAAGAAAAUAUCAUUGGCUUCAAUUAGACUAUGUCAAUGUUGCUGCCCCACAGAAGCCUCUCUCCACUCACCCAGCUCCAACCUCAUUAUUCAUCCAGCUUUAUGGAUAUCUUUCUAUUCUUUUCUCCUUUGCAUUUAUCUAGCUUUCCUAUAAAUACAGUUAUGCAGACUAACUUCUUGUGAUAGCACAUUCUUAUCACUCUUUAGGAUAAAACAUUUCUCCCAAAUUCCUUUUAAAUUUUUUUAUGACUUGCAUUUUUGUAACACCCAAUUUUGUGUUUGUUUUUAAUAUAUUCAGCUGCCCAGGGCCUAUACCUGGGAUUCCUCCAUAAACCCCUCUGUCUGUCCCUCUUUUCUUUAAUACACCUCCGCAGAACCAACCUUUUUGACUAAGCAGUUGGCCAACUGCCCUGGUAUUGCUAUAUAUGGCUUAACAUUGAAUUUUGCUUUCUAACAUUCUACUAUACCCCAUUGGCAGGAUUUAUUAAAUGAAAGUUGGUAUAUACGUAUGGUUUUUUUCAUACAAACCUUUUCAUAUUCCUAUAGCUCUCUAUUGUUUCUAGACUCCUCAACCUCUGUCCCAUUCAAAUGUUUCUUAUACAAAGGGUAUGUGGCCUCCUUAUUCUUCCUAUCACAAUAUACCAACUCACAUUUAUCAACAUUUGCCAAGUACAUGCCCAUUCUAUGAGCUUAUAAACAUCUUUUGUAAUUUUUUGCAGUCUUCCUCAGUAUUAACUGUAGUCCCAAAUUUAGUGCCAUGUAAAAAUUUUGAAAUUGCACUUCCAAUUCCCAAGUCCAAACAUUAGCCACAGUGGUGUUCAUGCCAAUCCCCUUGGAACAGCACUUUCUAUCUUUUGCUAGCUGAAUAGUGACCUUUAACCCUCAUUUCUGAGCGAUGGCUAGCUUGUUAUUCACUCUGCUCUUUAUCUGCUAAAUACAUAUGGCCUGAUCAUAGUCAUGAGUUCACAAACUUGUGAAACUUAGAAACCAAAUACAUUACAUUAUUACAUUACUCUGGUCUACUCUUUGUAUUACUUGAGUCAGCUUGAUCCAAUAUGACUAUCCUCAGUUUCUGGUGUUUUGCUAUUAUAUCGUUGAAUAAAGAUUCUCUUAGCUUUCACUCCACCUCUGUUAAGCGAGCUACCUUUUAGUGCCCUAGGCCUAUUCUAUCUAUAGCUGCUCAUUUUUAACUACGUAUGUAAAAAGCCAUGACAUUGAUAUCAGGAUCUGCUGUUCUGCAGUCAUGAGGAAUUUUUUGGACAGGUGUGUCUGAAUUCUGAAAUGUUCUGAGUUACAGCAGCAUUCCCUACCCUUGCAAAGGAAGGAAGAAAAACUUGAGCAAGACCAAAUUUAUCUGGCUGAUUACCUGCUGUCAAAUAUAGUCACGAAGUAAUCUGACCAUGUCCAUGAGCAAAGCAGAAACAUACUCCCUGCUAGAGGGAGAAGUUCAAGUACCAAAAUUGACAAAAUAUAUACAUACAAUGAAAAAUAAUAUUGAGAGUAGACAGAUGUUGAAAUGAUAAAAAUGGCCUAAGAUAGAUGACCUAGAGCAUCAUUUACAAAGUUUGGCUGAGUGCCUUAAGUUCUUCAGAAUAAAAAUACCCAUUUAUUGAAUGGUACAUCAAGUGAAAACCUCAUUAAACUGUAACAGUGCAUUGAUGGAGGCUGGUUUAUGCUUCUAAAAUUCCACAUGCUGAGUUCCUAAUCACAGUCUCACGGUAGCGUGGAAAUGAAGUACGGUAUAAGGUUCUUCACCACAAACCAAACACAGUCAUUCUCAUUAAUAUGUCGCUCUCAGCUUCAGAAAAACAUUGGCCCAUUUCUGAUGAAGGGUCUAGGCCCGAAACGUCAGCCUUCCUGCUCCUAUGAUGCUGCUUGGCCUGCUGUGUUCAUCCAGCUCUACACCUUGUUAUCUCAGAUUUUCCAGCAUCUGCAGUUCCUACUAUUUCUUGGACCUGUCAGGUUGGCUGUAAAACCUGCUGGUUGGUGAAGAGUGUAAAAUGGAUAGGGGCCUGUGUAAGAAUUGGAUUCCACAAAUGGAGUGUUUGAUACUAAACAGAAAUUCUUCAAUCCUACGUAAAGUGGUACAUUCAAGCGGAUAGAAUACAAGGUCUACUAUGUAACCUGGGACACAAUAGGUGCCACUCAUUUUCAAAAUGAUAAUCUUUGUGAGAUCAUAGAAUCAUAAAAUCCUUACAGUGUGGAAGCAAGCCAUUCAGUCCAACAAAUCUACAUCAACCCUCCGAAGAACA